UUAUUGUCGCCUAGUUGCGUGUAUACGUGUUUGAUUUUCAGUUGAAAAUAUGGAUAAACCCGUGGUUCUUGCACGUGUAGUGGAGGUUUUGGGACGUACUGGAUCCCAGGGCCAAUGUACUCAAGUGAAGGUAGAGUUUAUAGGAGAACAAAAUCGUCAGAUCAUCACAAAUGUUAAAGGUUCAGUCAGAGAAGGUGACAUCCCAACCCUACUGGAGUCUGAACGUGAAGCCAGAAGAUUAAGAUAG